AUGGUGACCUACGGCCUGAAAAUAUCCUGCUUGAUCGCAACCGACUUAAACUAUCCGAUUUUGACUGUGCAGCAAAAAUUGAGAGAAUGCUUCGAAGCCUGCAUCCCGCCGUAUGGAAGGGUACUUGGCAGUAAUGAAUCGAAAUAUGGUCUCCGUGGAUCAGCUGGACUUCUGGGUCCCCGAACCGAACAGUUUGCGCUUGGGUCUCUAUACUAUCUGAUCAACUACGGAUUUGAGGUGUACGGAGAUCAACGUCUUACGCAGGAUCUGAAUGAUCAUGGUCCUGAAGUCGUGCGUUUGCUGCAGGAAAUGGAGUUUCCAAAACUAGAUGGUGAUGCCCGCCUUGACGAAAUAAUCGACAAGUGCUGGCACAACAAAUAUGCCACGAUUGCAGAAUUGGCUGUGGAUACAGAAAGGCUCCAAGACAAAACGACACAUGAUACAAGCACCAAUAAGCUAGACGCCGCUGAAGAUUAUGGCCUCUCAGCCGAGGAAUUUCUAGCGAGUAAACAAUUUUGUCAAGACAUAGAAAGCCGCGGACUCAUUCACCUGCUUUCUUCGGCAGAACCAAAGGAAAUGGGGUUCACCUUUAAUCCAACUUUCGCGAGGUUAAAUUGA